AUGCAAUUGCUAUGGUUGAGAUCCAUUCAAAAAGUAGAUGGGAUGAUUGAAAUUGUUGUUUCCAGGUAUUUUAUCAUCGAGGUUGUUCUUGGUACCUUAGUAAAAUUGGAUUUGGCGAGGUCUUCAUCGGUUACGGCGCAAUCCUGCAUCCUGAAGACUCUGAGACGCGGCAGACGCUGCUGCCCUCUUUGCCGGCAUGAUCUGUCGGAGUCUGAUAUUUUCUCAGCUCCAACAGAAAAAAGUAAUGCCGAAAUGGCCUCUUCCGGUAAAUCAUCGAAGAUAACUGCUCUCUUGAAACUUCUGUCAGAAGCACGGGAUCAGGACCCCACAGCAAAGUCUGUUGUCUUCUCACAGUUCAGGAAGAUGCUGACAUUACUUGAAGAGCCUCUGAAGACUGCUGGCUUCAACGUAUUGCGUUUGGAUGGAUCGAUGAACGCAACAAAGAGGGCUCAAGUCAUCAAAGAUUUCGGUGAGCCAGCUCCUAAUGGUCGUCCCAUGGUUUUGCUUGCCAGUCUAAGCGGAGUUGACCUCGCUGCUGCUAAUAGGGUGUACCUCCUGGAACCAUGGUGGAAUCCAGAAGUUGAUGAACAAGCAAUAAACAGAGUACACCAGAUAGGGCAAACGAAAGAGGUGACUGUUGUACGAAUCGUUGCCCGAAACAGCAUCGAGGAGCGGAUGUUGGCUCUCCAGGAUCAGUAG